AUGGGCGCCUCCGACAACAUCCGCAUGGGCCGCAGCACCUUCCUGGAGGAGCUCUCCGACGCUAGCCACAUACUGGCUGCCGCCACCCGCCGGUCGCUGGUCAUAAUCGACGAGCUGGGGCGGGGCACAUCCACCCACGACGGCGUGGCAAUCGCAUCCGCCGCGCUGCGCCACCUGGUCGCUUCCACACAAUGCGCCACGCUGUUCGUGACGCACUACCCGGAGGUGGCAGCCAUGGGGUGCGAGCUGCCGGGGAGGCUGGUCGCUCACCACAUGGCCUACCUUCAGGAGGGGGGCAAUGAGGCAGUUUGUGGAGACUCCCGGUGCAGCAGGGUCAUGCACCAAGAGAGCGAGACAGCGGGCCCCAAGGUACAGGGACGAAACGCACAAGUUAGUCAUGAGCCCGCCAAGGCAGCAGGCAGUAGGCAUCGUCAUCACUCAUUUUUGCACAACAAGGCGGCAGGUACACAGGGGGAUCAAGAAAUGAUUGAUGGUUUGGAUGAGGCUGGAGUGACCAGAUCUGGGCACAUGCCCAGGCUGGUGUUUUUGUACCGGCUGGUGUCGGGCCCGGCGGAUGACAGCUUCGGGCUGAAUGUGGCGAGAAUGGCAGCGCUGCCUGAGAGGGUGGUUGACAGGGCUGCACAUAAGGCGCUGGAGAUGAGGGGCAAGGAGGAGGCACGCAGGCAGGUGGGCAGGAGCUGCGAUGCACAGGGGUGCAUCAAUGACGUUUGCGCAAGGCUGAGCAGUCUGCUGGGCACGGCCGGGAGUGAGACAGGCGUUGCUGGGGUGAGGGAUUUCCUGCGAUGGCUGAGGAGGUGA